CUCUCUCAAUUUUUUGUUAAUUAUGCUUCCGGAAAUUGUACCUUUGUUUUUAUCAUUUUCAACUACAAGUGUUUCUACUUCUUUAUUUUUGCUUCACUUUCUCUUGGAAUUUUUUAUUGUUCCCAUAAAUGCUUCCUGUAUGCCUGUAUUUUUUGCUCAGGCAAUUUCUUCAAGACAAGUCAGAACAAUGGAAUUGUAUUUUACAAAGGAAGGCGUUCCUUCAGCAGCAGACUGUGCCACCCUAUGCGGCCAGAGGCAUUUUUUCUGUCAAUCAGCGAUUUACAACCACGAUGUUCGUAGUUGUGCUCUCUCUCCAAAUAGGCCUAUUCAAUGUUCAUUGUCCAAACAACGUUUUAAUUAUUUUCAUCUCAAAACUGACGGUGCCGAUGCCCUAUCAUUACUUGCAUGUAUUCAAAUAUGUCAACAACCAACAACAUCAACAACAAUACCUACAGAAAAUGUUUUGAAUAAGGAAGAAAUUAAAAGAACAACCAUAAAACAACAACAAUCUUUGGAAUUUUCACCGAUUCAUGAUGAAGAAGAAAAAUCGUCUUUAAGGGAUAAAAAGGUGGGGGAUAGAAAAGGGAAGGUUUAA